AUGGCAUCCAACAACAACUCCUCCUUCCGUGCCACACAAUGGGACCCCGUCCUUAUCCUGUCGCAAAUCGUAUGUCUGCAGGCUAUAUGGUACAUCUCCAUCUCGACCAUUGUCUAUACCCUCUUCCGCUUCUCAGGGAUAGACAUCACCCUUGACGCCAUCCUCAACUACCGCGAGAUCCGCGCCGAUACAGCCGAGGGCAUGCUCCUCGGUCUAGCAUGGCUCCUCAACUCUCUCGUCGGGGUGUACUUAUUGCUAAAGAUAGUUUCGCGUGCUCGCCUGGUACUCGACUACUCGAUCACACUGCUGCUCUACCAUGUUCUGAUGGUCACUAUGUACUCGGAUCAUGUCCCUUCAACCUUCCUCUGGUGGGCACUCAACGGCACAACCUGUGGCAUCAUGAUCUUUGGAGGAGAGUACAUAUGUAUGCAACAGGAAAUGGAACCCAUCAUUCUCGGUGGCUCCGGAGGCAGUCAGUCCAACAAUACCAACAACACCUCGUCAGGAAACAACAAUAAUACCAACAGCAGUAACAACUCUGGGGGAGGAGCUGGAGGGGUCGUCAGCUCAGGAGCAUUGGCACCUCAGGGAGCGUCACUAUCAGGAAUGCACGACGGAUACGGCAACUAUGAAGAAUCUGCGGGGCUCUUGAUGGAAACACUCGAUCACAGCAGUAACGGCGACCUGUCAAAUCACAUGUCUUUAUCGGGAUCUUCCAGGACUAUGCCCACAAAAGCACGUUCAAGCGAGGAUACAGGCGGGUUCAGAGGAGGUAACAGUGGCUUCUCGCCCGCCAUUCGCUCAAGUAUCCUUGGCAACCAAGGCCAUGGUCGUCAACGGACUUCUGAUCGCUAUGAGUCUGUUCCUACUGCAGACUCGGAUAACCGCUAA